AUGGAAGGCGUCAGCAACGCCGACUUCGUGCUGUACGUCGCCUCGGUGCCGAGCGAGCCGGGCGUGCUGGCGUGGGCCACGACCUGCCAGGUGUUCUCGGACGACCAUCCAGCCGUGGGUGUCAUGAACAUCCCUGCGGCGAACAUUGUGUCGCGCUACGACCAGGGCACCACGCGCACCGUGACGCACGAGGUGGCGCACGCCCUCGGCUUCAGCAGCGUGUUUUUCGAGGGCACCGGCAUUGUGAAGAGCGUCACGAAUUUGCGCGGCAAGCCCUUUGCGGCUCCUGUGAUCAACAGCAGCACGGUGGUGGCCAAGGCGCGCGAGCAGUACGGCUGCCCCACCUUGGAGUAUCUGGAGGUGGAGGACCAGGGCGGCUCCGGCUCUGCUGGCUCGCAUCUUAAGGGGCGCAACGCCAAGGACGAGCUCAUGGCGCCUGCCUCGGCUGCAGGGUACUACACCGCCCUGACCAUGGCCGUCUUCGAGGACCUCGGCUUCUACAAGGCGGACUUCAGCAUGGCCGAGGUGAUGCCGUGGGGCCGGAACGCCAGCUGCGACUUCCUCACGAAUAAGUGCAUGGAGGACAACAUCACGCAGUGGCCGGAGAUGUUCUGCAACACCACGGAGAGGCGGUAUCGGUGCCCCACCGACCGGCUGAGGAUGGGGACGUGCGGUAUACGCACCUAUAGCACCCCGAUGCCGACGUACUUCCAGUACUUCAACGACACAUUCCUUGCAGGCUACUCAGCAUUCCUGGACUACUGCCCGUUCAUCGUGGGCUACAGAAAUGGUGCUUGCAAUCAGGACCCAUCGACGGCACCUGCGCUUUUUAAGGAGUUCAGCGUCUUCUCCGACGCGGCGCGCUGCUUGGAUGGCGUCUUUCAGCCGAGGAACAGCACUACUCCUUCCCCUAAGUA